AUGAAGUUAAAGACAUCCCGGCGUCAAAAGACUGUUUGGCAGGCCAAGCAGAAGGAGGUCUUGCUCUCAGUUUUCGCCAAGACACCUUACCCGAGCUUCCGGACCAGGCAGGAACUGGCCAGGGAAUUCGGAGUUCCAGAGUCCUCUAUCCGCGUGCGGUUUCAGAACCACAGAAAUAGAACUGGAAUGUCGAGGAAGACCUCAAAGCAGACCACCGCAGGCUCCAGGCAUGAAGCCUCCCAACAGACUCCUGAAAAGCUUGUCGCCAGGGUACAACAAGCAAGAGGCCCGCCCUCAGAACGGAGAAGGCCUCGAACGCGGCUUAGUCCAGCGCAGAUCAGCAUGCUAGUGCAAGCUUUUGAGAUCUCUCCAUCCCCAGACUAUGCCACGAGGGUGCAACUGGCCCUGAGCACAGGUUUGCCUGAGGACACCGUCCACAUAUGGUUCCAGAACAGAAAGGCCAGGCAGAAAGGCCGCGCGGGAGGCAGCACAGCUAAAGGUGAGGACCUGCCUAUGGAAGAUCAGGCAGAUGUGGGUGGCUGCAGCACGGCAAAGACAUCCCGGCGUCAAAAGACUGUUUGGCAGGCCAAGCAGAAGGAGGUCUUGCUCUCAGUUUUCGCCAAGACACCUUACCCGAGCUUCAGGACCAGGCAGGAACUGGCCAGGGAAUUCGGAGUUCCAGAGUCCUCCAUCCGCGUGUGGUUUCAAAACCGCAGAAAUAGAACUGGCAUGUCGAGGAAGACCUCAAAGCAGACCACCGCAGGCUCCAGCCAUGAAGCCUCCCAACAGCCUCCUGAAAAGCUUGUCGCCAGGGUACAACAAGCAAGAGGCCCGCCCUCAGAACGGAGAAGGCCUCGAACGCGGCUUAGUCCAGCGCAGAUCAGCAUGCUAGUGCAAGCUUUUGAGAUCUCUCCAUCCCCAGACUAUGCCACGAGGGUGCAACUGGCCCUGAGCACAGGUUUGCCUGAGGACACCGUCCACAUAUGGUUCCAGAACAGAAAGGCCAGGCAGAAAGGCCGCGCUGGAGGCAGCACAGCUAAAGGUGAGGACCUGCCUGCCUCUCCUGGCCCGGAAAGGGCUCCUGGAGCAUCGUGUUGCAUUGAGCAGGAGGCUUCCCGCGACAGCUUGUUGACAUCGGGUUCUGCAGGAGGCCAAUGUGCAGAAGCGUUGAUGUCAAGACCCCAACUCACCUUCUUCACAGAGGCCUACCCAGAAUCCAGCAACUCCUGCCCUGUCCAGCUCUUCCUGGAGCAACUGGCGAGAACAGUGGAAGAGGAACAGGGACCAGCCGCUCUGGACCCAGAUGUACCAUGGGAGCAGAUCGAACCAACACUCGAGGCUCCUCUCACAGAAGAAGAAUAUCAGGCUCUGUUGGACGAUAUUUGA